GGCACAGCGACCAGGUCUACUCAAGUAGCCUUCUCGCCAGACUCGAGGCUACUAGCUUCGGCAUUUGAUAAGACGGUACAGCUCUGGGAUGUGGCCACUGGUGCACUGCACCAGACGCUUAGAGGGCAUAGUGGCUUGUUCUACUUAGUAGCUUUCUCGCCAGACUCGAGGCUACUAGCUUCGGCAUCAUUUAACAAGACAGUGCAGCUCUGGGACGCGGCUACUGGCGCGCUGCAGCAGACACUUAAAGGGCACAAUAAUAUGGUCAAGUUAGUAGCUUUCUCGCCUGACUCGAAGAUACUAGCAUCGAUAUCGAAUAACGAAGUGUGGCUCUGGGACGCGGCUACUGGCGUGCUACAGCAGACACUCAAGGGGCAUAGCAACGAUAUCAGCUCAGUAUCCUUCUCGCCAGACUUGACACUUCUAGCAUCAGGGUCAUACGAUAAGACAGUGCGGGUAUGGGACGCAGCUACUGGUGUGCUACAGCAAACUCUCGAGGGGCAUAACGGCUCAGUCAACUCAGUAGCCUUCUCGCCUGAUUCGAGGCUAUUAGCAUCAGCAUCGGAUGAUAAUAUGGUGCGGCUCUGGAGCAACAGUGGCUUGGUCAACUCAGGAGCCUUCUCGCCCGACUUAAUGCAACUGGUAUUGGCAUCGGACGAUGACUCGAUAAGAUAG